UUGCCUGUUCGUUUUCGGGCAUUUUUCUUUUUUCAGUAGAAAACACUUGCAUUUUUGUAUGAAUUGUUGCUUGUUUCCUGUUUUUUCUUUCUCUAAACUGAAGCUAUUUUUUGAACGAAAAAAUUAUUACAUUUUUUAUUUGUACUGUAGGGUUUUAUAUUUUACGAUUUACAUAAAUCGCACAAUUUUGCGCUCACUUAAGCGAUUGAGUUGGGCAACUUUUAGUUACAAAGAGCAACUUUGUCAUUCCUUCUAAUCUUACCGCAUUUGCGGAUAAGAAUCAGAUUCCAUUGUUUACUUUAGCAAUAAUUGAAAGCAUGAGAUAAAAUUUAGCGUAGAACUUGUUAAUUGAUUUUUUUUUAAGUUGCCAGUAUUUGUUCACGAGACAGGUGGAUAUUUAUUAAGUAGUGCGGUUCAAUGCCAGUCAACUCCAACCUUUCACUUGGCUUUAUCACUUUCACAAACCACAUCAGUGUGACCGGAACGGCUGGUUCCUACUUGACAAAAUUAUAGUUGUAUGAGUAGUGGUUGCGCACGUUUGCUCUAAACAAGAUGCCCAAGUUGAACUGGAUAAGUGAUUUGUCUAGUGACGAGCUGCGAGAAUUCCUGAAGUCUGUGGAUACAAUUCUGUUCGACAUCGAUGGAGUUUUAGCGCGAGCGUCAACGAUCCUGCCCGGCACCGUCGAUGCAGUGGGGAAAUUCAGGCAGCUGGGAAAAAAGAUCUGCUUUGUCACGAACAAUGCAAUUGCUCCACCAGAAGUCCUCAAAGCCAAGUUGAUCCCUUUCCAAGCCUCCUUAGAGGAAAUCGUUACUCCCAACAUAACUCUGCUGGCCUAUUUGAAGAAGAUCGACUUCCAGAAGACGAUUUAUAUCAUCGGAAGCCGCUUCACGAAGAAGAUGCUUAGAGAGGCCGGAUACUCUGUCAUAGAGUAUAAGGAUCUGCAAACUACAGAUGUAGAAGAAACUCUAAGCAGCGCCAUGCAAGUAUCCCUUAGAGUAUUAGAUGCCUGCAAAAACGUAGGGAUUGUCUAUGCAGAUUUGGACAUAAAUCUCCAAAAUAUGGCAGUACAUGUAGCGAAAAUUCUUCUAAAACAUAUGGAUGACGUUCAGUUCCUCACUGGAACGUCUGACGAUAGAAUCCCUAUUGGAGAGAACUUUAGCUUAAUAGGCCCCAAGUAUUUCAUCGAUGGGCUCCAAAGAUGGAGCGGCGUCCAAGCCAUCCCGCUAGCCAAACCUGGUCGGGUGCUUAAGGAAGUUAUAGACGCAAAAUUUGGAAUUUCCCAAGAUAAUCGGGUCCUGAUGGUAGGCGAUAAUAUUUCCACUGAUAUCACUUUUGGUAUUGAGUCGGGCUUCCAAACAUUGCUGCUGCUAACAGGAGACACCAAGAAGCAGCAAGCAGUAGAUUGGGCAUUUGAUGAAGAUCUUAAGCCUGACUACGUAGCGCACAGUCUUCAAGAGGUGUAUGAAAAGGUCAAAACCAUUCCCACCGCACUUUAAUCCGCUGUUCUUUUCACGUGCAAACUAUUAACAUAGGAAGUCGAAUAAAAACCAGUCGAAGUCUA